GGCCAUUCCUACCUUGCAACAACCCUCCUAUCUCUUCUCAUCUCUCUACUUAUAUCACUCCACUCACUCCCCAUUCUGCUCAAAACCACCUUCUAACAACAUGGCACUCAGAUCCUUCUUUCACCUUCUGGCCUCCCUCUUACUUGUUUCAACAAUGGUUUUAUCAGAAAGUGAACAACUCCUGGAGAGUGGCAUUAUUACCAAAGUACCACCACAUGCACAGAGUCCCCUCAAGUCACCUAUUGCUCCUGCUCCUGCUCCUACUCCAGUAGCUGCCCCAGUGAAGGCACCACCACCUGUAGCUCCUACUCCAGUCAAGAUUCCACCUCCUCCGGUACAAUCCAAGGCCCCACCACCACCACAACCACCAGUCCCAGUCAAGGUGCCACCACCACCACGUCCAUCUGUGAAGCCACCUUCUCCUCCAAUUUCACCACCACCCCCUUCACCACCAAGAAACACUAAAGAGUGUUACCCUCCAUGCUUGGUGAGGUGCAAGCUACACUCAAGAAAGAAUGUGUGCCUAAGAGCUUGUGUGACAUGCUGUGACAGAUGCAAAUGUGUGCCUCCAGGACAGUUUGGAAACAAAGAGAAAUGUGGCAAAUGCUAUGCUAAUAUGACCACUCAUGGUGGCAAAAGCAAGUGCCCUUGAACAUUUUACUCCCAAAUGCUAUGUAAUAUGCAUGUAACUCUAAAUAUUAAGAAUUUUUAAGUAUCAAUGUAUCAUGGGGAAAAGCUAAGUAUUGUACCAAGUUUUCUUCCUUGUCACUGCCAGUGAUCUAGUGUUACAAUUUUUAUGCUACUUUUCAUUCUGGA